CCGGUAUGUUUGUUCUGAUGUGUGUGUGAAAAGAAGCUCGGCUAGCUGACACCUGUCUUACACAACGUUGACAGUCACAUCAUCAUGAGUAAGAGGAAGGCCAGAGAUGCUCAUCUGCCUAUAGGGGAAUGCAUCACACAGGUUCAGCAGAUUUUAAGGGAGCGGUUUUGUGAGAGGCGGCUCCCUGACAGACCAGAGGGAGUAGAAGCUCAGUACAAACACCUCCUGGAGCUGCUGAGGCGGACGGCGAUCCACGGGGAGAGUAACUCUGUGCUAAUCGUGGGUCCCAGAGGAGCAGGGAAAACGAUGCUGCUGCAGUGCGUGCUGAGAGACCUGCAGAAGGAGGAGAAGGUGCAGAAGAACCUUCUUCAGGUUCACCUCAGUGGUCUCCUGCAGACUGAUGACAGAACAGCGCUGAAAGAAAUAACCAGACAGCUCCACCUGGAAAACGUUGUUGGAGACAAAGUGUUUGGAAGCUUUGCUGAAAAUCUGGCUUUCCUCCUGGAGGCAUUAAAAAAAGGCAAUCGCAGCAGUAGCUGCCCAGUGUUGUUUGUCCUGGAUGAGUUCGACUUAUUCGCCCACCACAAGAACCAGACUCUGCUCUACAACCUGUUUGACGUCUCCCAGUCCGCCCAGGCUCCCAUCGCCGUGGUCGGCGUCACCUGCAGACUGGAUGUUCUGGAGCUGCUGGAGAAGCGGGUAAAGUCGCGGUUUUCCCACCGUCAGAUCCACCUGCUGAGCAGUCUCAACUUCACCCAGUACCUGGAACGGGUUUGGACGCAACUCAGCCUGCCGGACAGCUUUCCUGACAAGAAGUUCGCUCAGGAGUGGAACGCUGGUGUAAAGACUCUGUGUGAGGACAAAUCUGUGGAGGAAGUCCUGCAGAGACACUUCAACUCCAGCAAAGACUUUCGCUCUCUGCACAUGCUGCUGAUGUUGUGCCUGAGUCACGUCUCUGUUGCCAAACCUACCAUCAAACCAGCUGACCUGCUCGAGGCCAGCCGGAUGUAUUUUGCUGACGCCACGGCUAACAUGCUCCAUGGUUUGUCCAUCUUGGAGCUGUGCCUGGUCAUCGCCAUUAAGCACCUCAAUGAUGUGUAUGAAGGAGAGCCAUUUAACCUUCAGAUGGUCCAUAAUGAGUUUAAGAAGUUCCUGCAUAGGAAGUCCAACUCCAUGUACAACUUUGAGCAGCCUGUUGUCAUGAAGGCGUUCGAGCACCUGCAGCAGCUGGAGCUGAUCCGGCCUGUCGAUGGUUCCACGGCCAAAGUCCAGAGGGAGUACCAGCUCAUGAGGCUCACGCUGGACCACAGCCAGAUCAUGGAGGCCCUGCAGAAGUACCCACAGUGCCCCACUGACGUCAAGCAGUGGGCCAUGUCGGCAUUUGGGUAGAGCUUCAGAACAUUUAGAAUUCAGAGUCUGUGAAGCUUGUUUUGACUUGGACUGAAGAGCAUAAGGUUUGCACUGCUGCCUACUCUAAACGAUCAGAAAAUAAAAGGAAAUGAAUAGUUUGGCA